AUCCCGCUCCAGAUCCAGAUCGGAGCAGGAAAUGGAGCACGAGAUUGUGCUCCAUCUCCAGCUGGGGAUGGAGCACCAUCUCGUGCUCCAUUUCCUACUCCAGACCUAGCUCCAGUUUCAGUUCCAUCUCCAUCUCCUGUACCUAUCCCAAUCAGCUCCAUCUCCAUCAUCAGCUCCAGUUCUAGAUUUAGCUCCAUCUCCAGCUCCAGCUCUAACCAUCUCCAGCUCAAUCAACCAGCUCUGGCUGUUGCUCCAUUUCCAGCUGAACUAGCUAGAGCUCUAUCCCCAGUUUCAUCUCCAUCUCCAGUUCCAGCUCCAGCUCCAUAUCCAAGUCUAGUUCUAGCCCUAACUCCAGAUCCACUAGCUCCAGCUCCAUCUUCAGCUCCAGUCCCAUCUCCAUCUGCACCUCUAGCUCCAGGUCCAGCCCCAACUCUAGCUCCAGCUCUAGCACUAGCUGCAUCUCCAUCUCUAGCACCAUCUUCAGGUCUAGCCCCAGCUCAAUCUCCUGCAGAAUCUCCCGAGAUAGCUCUAAUUCCAUCUCCAGCUAUCUCCAAAUCUAGUUCCAGCUCCAUCUCCAGCUCCAGCUCAAGCUCUAGCCCCAUCUCGUGCUCCAUUUCCUGCUCCAGUUCCAGCUAUAGCUCCACCUGAAUCUCGUUCUAUCUGCAUUUCCGGCUCCAUUCCAGCUCCAACAUUCCAUCUCCACCUCCACCUCCAUCUCUAGCUCUAGCUCCAUCUGCAGCUCCAGCACCAUCCACAACUAGCUCCAUCUCAAUCUCCAGUUCUGGCUCCAUCUCCAUCUACAGCUCUAGUUCCAUCUCCAAAUCUAGCUCCAACUCUAGCACAAGGUCCAUCCACAGCUCCAUCGAGCUCCAUCUCCAGCUGUAGCUCUAGCUCAAUCUCCAGCUCCAUCUCUAGUUCUAGCUCUAUCUCCAGCUCCAGCUCAAGCUCAAGCUCCAUCUCCAACUGUAUAUCCAGCUCUAGCUCCAGCUGCGUCUCCACCUCUAGCUCCGUCUUCAGCUCUAGCCCCUGCCCAAUUUCCAGCUCAAUUUCCUGCUCUAGCUCCAUCUCCAGAUGCAUCUCCAAAUGUAUCUCCCGCUCCAUCUCCAUUGCCAUCUCAUGUUCUAUCUCCAUCUCCAGCUCCAUUCCAGCACUAGCCCCAGCAUUUAAUCUCCAGCUCCAUCACCAGAUGUAUCUCCAUCUCGAAUUCCAUCUAUGACCAUCUCCAGCUCCAUUUCCAUCUCCAGCUCAAGCUUCAGCUCCAUCUCCAGCUCCAGCUCUAGAUCCAUCACCACUCCAUCGUGGAGAUAGUGUUGGAGAUAGAGCUGGAGCUGGAGCUAGAGAGUGAUAGAGAUGGAGCUGGAUAAAAACAUUGAGGUGGAAGCUGUAGAUGGAGACGGAUCUGGAUCUGGAUCUGGAGAUGGAACUGGAAAUUUCGUCACUUUUUGCGUGCUGAAUUUUCAUCGCUUUUUACGUCCUGAGGUUCGUCGCUUAUCGAGUGCUGAAAUUUCGUCGCUUUUAGUAUGCUGAAUUAUCGUGGAGGUGGUGCUAGAGCUGGAGCUGCAGAUGGCUGGAGAUUGGAUUAGAGAUACAGCUGGAGAUGGAGCAAGAGCUGGAGAUUGAGCUGGAGGAAGCUAAAGCUGGAGGGAGCUGGAGAUUUUGUUACAUUUUUGUUACUUUUCAUGUGCUUAUAAAUUUCGUCACUUUUCUCCUUCUGAAAUUCAGCCCCUUUUAUGCGUACUGUAAUUUCGUCGCUUUUCUCGACCUGAAUUUACGUCGCAAUUGGUUUUAUAAAUUUCCGUCGCCAUUCGUAUGAACAAUUUACGUUGCUUUUUGCGUCCGGAAGGUCCUGCCCUUUUCGCGUGAUAUAUUUUCAUCGCUUUUCGCAUGCUGAAUUUUCAUCACUUUUCUUGUCCUGAAUUUUUGUUACUUUUCAUGUGCAGAAUUUUCAUCGCUUUUUUGCAUGCUGAAUUUUCUUCACUUUUCGCGUCCUGAAUUUUCGUCACUUUUCGUGUAAUGAAGAUUCGGCACAUUUUGCAUGCUGAAUUCAUCGAUUUUCGCAGAUUUUCGUCCGGAUCUGAAUUUUUGUCGCCUUUCAUGUUUUGAAUUUUCAUCACUUUUUGUGUGCUGAAUGUUCGUCGCCUUUUGUGUGUUGAAAUUUCGGCGCUUUUCGUGUGCUGAAAUUUCGUCGGUUUUCACCUGACAUUUAGUUGCAUUUCACGUCCUGAAGUUUGUCAGUAUUCGCCUCCCGAAUCACGUCGCUUUUUGCGUCCUCAAUUUUCCUCCCUUUUCCCAUCCUGAAUUUUUGCAACUUUUGGCGUCCCAAAACUUCGUACCUUUUCGAAUCUGCAAUUUAUGUACCUUUCUGCGUCCUGAAUUUUGGUCCCGUUUUGCAUCCUAAAUGAUUGUCACAUCCUGAAUUUUUGUAGCUUUUCGUCUGCUGAAUUUUCGCAUCCCUAAGGUUUGUCGCUUUCCGUGUGCUGAAUUUUCGUCUCUUUUCAUGUCCUGGGUUUUGGUCGCUUUCGGCUGUUUGAAUUAUCGUCGCGUUUUCUGUCUUUUGUUACUUUUUGUGGGCUGAACUUUUGUCGCUUUUCGUGUCCUGAAUUUUCAUUACGUUUUGCAUUCUGAAGGUUUGUCGCUUUGCGAGUACUGAAUUUUCGGCGUUUUUCACAUGCUGAAUUUUCGUCACUUUUCCUGUGCUGAAAUUUUGUCGCUUAUUGCGUCCUGCAAUUUCUUCGCUUUAUGCAUCCUGAAGGUUGGCUUCUUUUCGUGUCCUGGAUUUAUGUCGCAUUUGGCGUUUUUAAUUUUCUUCACCUUUCGCGUCCUGAAUUUUCGUCGCUUUUCGCGUCCUGAAGGUUUGUCACUUUUCGUCGUUUUUCAUGUCCAGAAUUUACAUCGCUUUUCUCGUUCUGAAUUUUCGUCUUCGGACCUUUGAAUUUUUGUCGCCUUUCGUGGGCUGAAUUUUCAUCACUUUUUGUGUGCUGAAUGUUCGUCGCCAUUUGUGUGAUAAAAUUUCGGCGCUUUUCGUGUGCUGAAAUUUCGUUGGUUUUCACCUGCUGACAUUUAGUUGCAUUUCACGUCAUGAAGUUUGUCGGUUUUCGCCUCCUGAAUUACGUCGCUUUUUGCGUCCUCAAUUUUCCUCCAUUUUCCCAUCCUGAAUUUUUGCAACUUUUGGCGUCCCAAAUUUUCGUACCUUUUCGAAUCCUCAAUUUAUGUACAUCCUGAAUUUUGGUUCCGUUUUGCAUCCUAAAUCAUUGUCACAUCCUGAAAUUUUUGUAGCUUUCCAUCUGCUGAAUUUUCGCAUUCUUAAAGUUUGUCGCUUUCCGUGUGCUGAAUUUUCGUCUCUUUUCAUGUCCUGAAUUUUGGUCGCUUUCGGCUGUUUGAAUUUUCGUCGCUUUUCUUGUCCCGAAUUUUCAUUACUUUUAUGUGUGCUGAAUGUUCAUUACUUUUCGCAUGCUGAAUUUUUGUCAUUUUCACAUGCAGAAUUUUCAUCGCUCUUCACGUGCUAAAUUUCCAUUGCUUUUCGCGUCUUGUAGUUUCGUCUCUUUUCGCGUGCUGAAAUUUCAUCGCUUUUUGCGUGCUGAAUUUUCAUUGGAUCUCACAUGUUGAGUUUUCGUCGGUUUUCAUUUGCUGAACAUUUUGUGUCCUAAAAAUUUGUCGCCUUUCCUGUCCUGAAAGUGUUACUUUUUGUGUGCUAAACUUUUGUCGCUUUUCGUGUCCUGAAAUUUCAUCACUUUUUGCAUCCUGGAGGUUUGUCGCUUUUUGUGUGCUGAAUUUUCGGCGUUUUUCACGUGCUGAAUUUUCGUCACUUUUCCUGUGCUGAAGUUUUGUCGCUUAUUGCGUCCUGCAAUUUCUUCGCUUUAUCCAUCCUGAAGGUUGGCUUCUUUUCGCGUCCUGGAUUUAUGUCGCUUUUGGCGUUUUUAAUUUCCGUCGCCUUUCGCGUCCGGAAUUUUCUUCACCUUUCAUGUCCUGAAUUUUCCUUGCUUUUCGUGUGCUGAACUUUCGUCGGUUUUCGCAUCCUGGUUUGUCACUUUUCGUGUGCGGAUUUUAGUUGCUUUUCAUGUAUUUAAUUUUCGUCGCUUUACACAUGAUUAAUUUUCAUCGCUUUUCGCAGCCUGAAGUUUCUUCACUUUUCGCAUGCUGACUUUUGGUCACUUUUUGCAUGCUGAAUUCUUGUCGCCUGUCGUGUGCUGAAGUUUGGUCGUAGUUCACGCCCUGAAAUUUCGUUGCUUUUCGCGUCCUGAAAUUUUUUCCCUUUUUGUGUCCAGAAUUAUGUCGCUUUUUGCGUCAUCAGUUUCACUCCCUUUUCCCAUCCUGGAUUUUUGAAACCUUAUGCGUCCAAAAUUUUCCUCCAUUUUAGCGUCCUGAAUUUUCGUACCUUAUCGAAUCCUGAAUUUUCGUACCUGUCUGCAUCCUGAAUUUUCGUCAUUUUCUACGUCCUGAAUUUUCGUCCCGUUUUGCGUCCUAAAUGUUUGUCGAGUUUCACUUCCUGAAUUUUUGUAGCUUUUUGCGUCUGGAAUUUCGUCACUUUUCCUGUGCUGAAUUUUUGUUGCUUUUCACGUGCUGAAAUGUCAUCACUUUUCGCAUUCUGAAAUUUUGUCACUUUAGGCUUCCUGUAAUUUCGUCGCUUUCCUCGUCCUGAAUUUAUGUCGCUAUUGACGUUAUUAAAUUUCAUUUGUUUUGGCAUGCUGAAAUCUCGUCGCUUUUCUUGUGCUGAAAUUUCGUCGCUUUUCCUGUCCUGCAUUUUUGUUACUUGUCAUGUGCUUAAAUUUCGUCACUUUUCUCGUUCUGAAAUUCUGCCCCUUUUAGGCGUAUUGUUAUUUCGUCGCUCUUCUCGUCCUGAAUUUACGUCGCUAUUGGUUUUAUGAAUUUCCGUCGCCUUUCGUGUUGCUUUUCGCGUCCUGAAUUGUCAUCACUUUUCGUGUGCUGAAUUUCUGUUACUUUUCAUGAGCGGAAUGUUAAUCGCUUUUUACAUGCUGAAUUUUCUUCACUUUACGCUUCCUGAAUUUUCGUCACUUUUCCUGUUCAUGUUCGUCACAUUUUGCAUGCUGAAGUUUCGUCGAUUUCCGCGUCCUGAAUUUACUUCACUUUUCAUGUGCUGGAAUUUCUUCGCUUUUCAUGUCCAGAAUUUACGUGGCUUUUCUCGUUCUGAAUUUUCGUCUUUGGAUCUUUGAAUUUUUGUCGCCUUUCGUGUCCAGACUUUUCAUAACUUUUUGUGUGCUGAAUGUUCGUCACUUUUCACGUGGUGAAUUUUCAACGCAUUUCGCAUGUCGCCUUCUGUGUGCUGAAGUUUCGGUGCUUUUCGUGUGCUGAAAUUUCGUCGAUUUUCACCUCCUGACAUUUAGUUGCAUUUCACGUCCUGAAGUUUGUUGGUUUUCGCGUCCUGAAUUACGUCGCUUUAUGCGUCCUCAAUUUCCCUCCCUUUUCCCAUCCUGAAUUUUUGUCACUUUUGGCGUCCCAAAUUUUCGUACCUUUUCGAAUGCUGAAUUUAUGUACCUCUCUGCGUCAUGAAUUUUGGUCUCAUUUUGCGUGUGCUGAAUUUUCAUCUCUUUUCACUUGCUGUAAUUUCAUCGCUUUUCGCGUCCUGAGGUUCGUCGCUUUUUGAGUGCUGAAAUUUCAUCGCUUUUAGCAUACUGAAUAUUCGUCGCUUUUCUUGUGCUGAAAUUUCGUCGCUUUCCCUGUCCUGCAUUUUUGUUACUUUUCACGUGCUGAAUUUUCGUCACUUUUCGUGUACUGAAGGUUCGUCAUGCUUAAUUUUCGUCAUUUUUUGCAGUGAAAUUUCGUCGCUUUUCACAUCUGGAAUGUUUUUGUUCUUGCCGUGUUCUGAAGUUUCGUUGAUUUUCGCGUCCUGAAUUUAGGUCGUUUUUCUCAUUCUGAAUUUUCGUCUUCGGAUUUUUUAAUUUUUGUCGCCUUUCGUGUCCUGAAUUUUCAUCACUUUUUGUGUGCUGAAUGUUCGUCACUUUUCCCGUGAUGAAUUAUCAUCGCUUUUCGCAUGUUGAAUUUUCGUCGCCUUUUGUAUGCUGAAAUUUCGGCGCUUUUCGUGUGCUGAAAUUUCGUCAGUUUCCACCUACUGACAUUCAGUUGCAUUUCACGUCCUGAAGUUUGUCGGUUUUCGCAUCGUGAUUUACGUCGCUUUUUGCGUCCUCAAUUUUCCUCACUUUCCCCAUCCUGAAUUUUUGUCACUUUUGGCAUCCAAAAUGUUUGUACCUUUACGUAUCCUGAAUUUACGUACCUUUCUUCGUCCUGAAUUUUGGUCCCAUUGUGCAUCCUAAAUGUUUGUCACAUCCUGAAUUUUUGUAGCUUUUCGCAUGCUGAAUUUUCCAUUCUUUAUCGAUUGUCGUGUGCUGAAUUUUGGUCUCUUUUCACUUGCUGAAAUUUCGUCGCUUUUCGUGUCCUGUGAUUUUGUCGCUUUCUUCGUCCUGAAUUUACGUCGCAUUUUGGCGUUAUAAAAUUUCAUUUCUUUUUGCAUGCUGAAAUUUCGUCACUUCUUGCGUGCUAAAUUUUCAUCGCUUUUAGCAUGCUAAAUUUUUUUCGGCGCCUUUCACAUCCUGAAGUUUCGUCGAUUUUUACGUCUUGAAUUGACGUCAAUUUUCUCGUUCUGAAUUUUCAUCUUCGGAUUUUGAAUAUUUGUUUCCUUUUGUGUCCUGAAUUUUCAUCAUUUUUGUGUGCUGAAUAUUCCUCAUUUUUCACGUGAUGAAUUUUCGUCGCUUUUCGCAUGUUCAAUUUCCGUCGCCUUUUGUGUGCUGAAAUUUUGUCUUCCUGACAUUUGGUUGCAUUUCACGUCCUGAAGUUUGUCAAUUUUCGCGUCCUGAAUUACUUCGCGUCCUGAAUUACUUCGCUUUUUGCGUCCUGAAUUACUUUCCAUCCUGAAUUUUUGUCACUUUUGGCAUCCCAAAUUUUCAUACCUUUUGGAAUCCUGAAUUUACGUACCUUUCUGCGUCCUAAAUUUUGGUCCCGUUUUGUAUCCUAAAUAUUUGUCACGCCCUGAAUUUUUGUACUUUUUCGCGUGCUGGAUUUCCGCAUACAUAAGGUUUGUCGCUUUUCGUGUACUGAAUUUCCGACUCUUUUCACUUGCUGAAUUUUCGUCACUUUUUCUGUACUGAAAUUUCGUCGCAUACAGCGUGCUGAAAUUUCGUCGCUUUUUGCGUUCUGAAAUUUUUUCCCUUUUUGUGUCCCCUUUUUACGUCACUUUUUGCAUCAUGAAUUUUACUCCCUUUUCCCAACCUGGAUUUUUGAAACCUUAUGCGUCCAAAAUAUUCCUCCAUUUUAGCGUCGUGAAUUUUCGUACCUUUUCGAAUCCUGAAUUUUCGUACCUGUCUGCAUCCUGAAUUUCCAUCAUUUUCUGCGUCCUGAAUUUUCGUCCCGUUUUGCGUCCUAAAUGUUUGUCGCGUUUCGCGUCCUGAAUUUAUGUAGCUUUUUCCGUCCUGAAUUUUUGUCACUUUUCGUGUGCUGAAUUUCUGUUGCUUUUCACGUGCUGAAAUUUUAUCACUUUUUGCAUUCUGAAAUUUUGUCACUUUAGGCGUCCAGUAAUUUCGUUGCUUUCCUCGUCCUGAAUUCACGUUGGUUUUCACCUCCUGACAUUUAGUUGCAUUUCACGUCCUGAAGUUUGUCGGUUUUUGCCUCCUGAAUUACAUCGCUUUUUGCGUCCUCAAUUUUCCUCCCUUUUCCCAUCCAGAAUUUUUGCAACUUUUGGUUUUGCAACUAAUUUUCGUACCUUUUCGAAUCCUCAAUUUACGUACCUUUCUGCGUCCUGAAUUUUGGUCCCGUUUUGCAUCCUUAAAUGAUUGUCACAUCCUGAAUUUUUGCAUCCUUAAGGUUUGUCGGUUUCCGUGUGCUGAAUUUUCGUCUCUUUUCAUGUCCUGAAUUUUGGUCGCUUUCGGCUGUUUGAAUUUUCGUCGCCUUUCUUGUGCCGAAUUUUCAUUACUUUUUGUGUGCUGAAAUUUUGUCACUUAUUGCGUCCUGCAAUUUCUUCGCUUUAUGCAUCCUGAUGGUUGGCUUCUUUUCGCGUCCCGGAUUUAUGUCGCUUUUGGCGUUAUAAAUUUUCGUCGCCUUUCGCGUCCUGAAUUUUCUUCACCUUUCGCGUCCUGAAUUUUCGUCGCUUUUCGUGUGCUGAAUUUUCUUUGCUUUUCGCGUCCUGAAGGUUUGUAACUUUUCGUGUGCGGAUUUUAGUCACUUUUCAUGAGCUGAAUUUUCAUUGCUUUACACAUGAUGAAUCUUCAUCGCUUUUCGCACCCUGAAGUUUCUUCACUUUUCGCAUAUUGACUUUUUGUCACUUUUUGCAUGCUGAAUUCUUGUCGCCUUUCGUGUGCUGAAGUUCGGUCGCAUUUCACAUCCUGAAAUUUUGUCGCUUUUCGCGUCCUGAAAUUUUUUCCCUUUUUAUGUACUGAUUUAUGUCGCUUUUUGCGUCAUCAAUUUUACUCCCUUUUCCCAUCCUGGAUUUUUGAAACCUUAUGCGUCCAAAAUUUUCCUCCAUUUUAGCCUCCUGAAUUUUUGUACCUUUUUCGAAUCCUGAAUUUUCGUACCUGUCUGCAUCCUGAAUUUUCGUCAUUUUCUACGUCCUGAAUUUUGUCCCGUUUUGCGUACUAAAUGUUUGUCGAGUUUCGCGUCCUGAAUUUUCGUAGCUUUUUGUGUCCUGAAUUUUGUCACUUUUCCUGUGCUGAAUUUUUGUCGCUUUUCACGUGCUGAAAUGUCAUCACUUUUCGCAUUCUGAAAUUUUGUUACUUUAGGCGUCCUGUAAUUUCGUCGCUUUCCUCGUCCUGAAUUUAUGUCGCUAAUUGGCGUUAUGAAAUUUCAUUUCUUUUUGCAUGCUGAAAUUUCGUCGCUUUUCUUGUGCUGACAUUUUGUCGCUUUUCCUGUCCUGCAUUUUUGUUACUUGUCAUGUGCUUAAAUUUCGUCACUUUUCUCGUUCUGAAAUUCAGCCCCUUUUAGGCAUACUGUAAUUUCGUCGCUUUUCUUGUACUGAAUUUACGUCGCAAUUGGCUUUAUGAAUUUUCGUCGCCUAUCGUAUGCACAAGUUUCGUUGCUUUUCGCAUCCUGAAGAUCCUGCGCUUUUCGCGUGAUAUAUUUUCAUCGCUUUUUGCAUGCCGAAUUUUCAUCACUUUUCGGGUGCUGAAUUUUUGUUACUUUUCAUGUGCGGAAUUUUAAUCGCUUUUUGCAUGCUGAAUUUUCUUCACUUUUUGCUUCCUGAAUUUUCGUCACCUUUCAUGUUCGUGUUCGUCACAUUUUGCAUGCUGAAGUUUCGUCGAUUUUCGCGUCCUGAAUUUACGUCGCUUUUCAUGUGCUGGAAUUUCGCCGUUUUUCAUGUCCAGAAUUUACGUCGCUUUUUUCGUCUUUGGUUUUUUGAAUUUUUGUCGUCUUUCAAGCCCGUUUUGCAUCCUAAAUGUUUGUCGCGUUUCGCGUCCUGGAUUUAUGUAUCUUUUUGCGUCCUGAAUUUUGACACUUUUCGUGUGCUGAAUUUCUGUCGCUUUUCUCGUGCGGAAAUUUUUUAUCACUUUUUGCAUUCUGAACUUUUGUCACUUUAGGCGUCCACCAAUUUCGUCGCUUUCCUCGUCCUGAAUUUACGUGGCUUUUGGCGUUAUGAAAUUUCAUUUCUUUUUGCGUGCUCAAUUUUCAUCGCUUUUCACGUCCUGAGGUUCGUCGCUUUACGUGUGCUGAAAUUUCAACGCUUUUAGCAUGCUGAAUAUUCGUCGCUUUUGUUGUGCUGAAAUUUCGUCGCUUUCCCUGUCCUGCAUUUUUGUUACUUUUCAAGUGCUUAAUUUUUCGUCACUUUUGUCGUUCUGAAAUUCAACCCCUUUCGGCAUACUGUAAUAUCGUCGCUUUUCUCGUCUAUGAAUUUCCGUCGUCUUUCGUAUGCAUAAAUUUUGUUUCUUUUCACAUCCUAAUGUUCUGCGCUUUUUGCGUGAUAUAUUUUCAUCGCUUUUCGCAUGCAGAAUUUUCAUCACUUUUCUUGUGCUGAAUUUUUUUGUUAAUUUUCAUGUGCGGAAUUUACAUCGUUUUUCGCAGACUGAAAUUUCGUCGCUUUUCACAUCUGAAAUGUUGUUGUUCUUUUCGUGUCCUGAAGUUUCGUUGAUUUUCGCGUCCUGUAUUUACGUCGUUUUUCUCAUUCUGAAUUUUCAUCUUCGGAUUUUUGAAUUUUCGUCGCCUUUUAUAUGUUGAAAUUUCGGCGCUUUUCGUGUGCUGAAAUUUCGUCGGUUUUCACCUCCUGACA